GAUGCUUUAUCAGCAGAGAUGUACUGUCGCGUCUUUGGUGCUUUUACGCUGAAAGCCCGGGGACCGGAAGUAGUUGCUAUUGCUAGGCGCCGGUGCGCGGCUUGACUCAGCGACGCUCCUGCCCAGACUUUCGUUUUCCUUUCUUUUGCCUGAAACUGUGUCGAUGUUGGCAGAUUGAAGAAAACAUGGCUGGCUUAGAGGUGUUGUACACCUGUGUCGCAGGUAACAUCACCUGCCCGCAGGAUGCUGUUGUGUGUUUCGUUCACUGGGAGCUGAUAAAGAGCGGGUACAGGUGCAUCGGCUCAGGAGACGAGCCCCGCGGCACUGAUAAGAAGUCCGAGCUGCUGCCCGCUGACUGGAGCAGCAACAAAGAGUUGUACAGUCUGCGAUACAAAGCCAACAACAGCGACACCCAAAUGCUCCUCAAGGCCAUCACUGUCGACUCCACCUUGAUCUUCAACCUGAUGAACUCCAGCACGCAGCAGGUGUCGGACCUGACGGUGAACAUCAACGAUCAUGUGAGCGGUGAACAGCUGGACGCCUUUGACAGUGUGUUCAAGGAUGCAGACAGUUUGUCAGAGAAGGUGAAGACUCAGCUGCUGCCCCCCCAGGACAGGCCGACGGGACAGAGAGCAGAGAGGAAGAGUCGGAGGGACGAGGAAGAGGAGGCGCAGAGAAGACGAGGAGAGGACAGCGACCCCCUCCGAAUGCCCAGCAGAAAUCCUCGCCAGGGGGCACGCCCUCACUGGCCUGACCCCAUGGUCCCUCCGUUUGCAGCUGGAGGAGCAGAUCUGGAUCCUUUGGGGUCUCGCGGUGGUGGUGGGAUGAUAGUCGACCCCUUGAGGUCAGGUUAUCCUCGCUCUGGCUUUGACCCGUCUAGCGGGAUACCAGACAUCCUGCCUCCUGGAGCCGUUCCCCCCGGAGCUCGCUUCGAUCCGUUUGGACCCAUCGGACGUCACAGACCAGGGCCGGAUCCAGACCACAUGCCCCCACCUGGCUACGAUGACAUGUUCAUGUAGCACCCCGCAGUGUUUCCUGUUUCCUGCUCACAUCAGCAUCUUUUCUUCUGGCUCCUCCUUUGGUUCAUCCGUGUUAGUGGCCUGAAGGCUUUUGGUUUGUUUUCUGAUUGUUCCUUUCAUAAGAGUUCAGCCUUUUAAUCUAAAUAUAACAAAAGUUCAGUUACUGCUGUAAAUGUUGUCUCAGAUAUCCUGACUUUGGAAGAAAGGCUGCUCUAAGGUGAAAGACUCCCUCGUGCUUCAUAAACUUUGCUGAGCAGCAUCAUUUUUGUGGAGCAUUAACAAAGAAGGAAACCUGUCAAUCCUUUGCCUCACAAACAGUCCAUCCCCUCAGACUCCAUCGAGCAGUCUAUUAAUGAAAGAGGGAAUUUUUUUACAUUUCUGAUGUGAAAAUACUAAAAACACUGAAAUGUGGUUCCUUACAGCUGGUUUUUGUUUGGAUUGUUGUUGAUUGAACAAGUCUAAUAAUCUCAGUAAUAAAUGCUGAAUAAAAACCCUUUGACUAAA